AUGGCUAAUUCAUCACGGGAGAGAACAAAUCCUGCACCCGUCGCGGUUCCAGUCCUUCGUGCCUAUCCAAAACCAGUGCCAAACCCGCUGGUGACGUUCGUGAGGCGCAAAAAGCUGGAGCACUACAGACUGCCAGAGUCACCAUCAGCCUCCUUUGUGCGGCUUAGGCUGAGGCCCGAGUUACUGGGUAGAUGGCCAGUCACGCUGAAAGACGCUGUUCAAUACGACAACCCGCUUAACAAGAGGGAAGAGUCGACGAAUCCAGCGAUGCAAGAGAAUUCGCUAGAUUCAAAUAAUGGCAUGCCACGUUCUGGGGCUGCCACCAAUGGGGCUGCACCGCCUACAGCAGUUCCAGGCUCCUUGGGAAUUCAGGGUUUCACCAAUAACGACACUUUCCAGCAGGCGGCAGCGCCUAGUGAGCCUGUGGUGGCAGUGGUGGCUGAGGCCCCGAUUGCCACAACCCCACGACUCCCGGCGCUUGACGAAGCUGAUGCACCCAAUGAGCCCCCAACCACCGCGAAACCAGCGCCACAGCAAGGCAAGAACACAGUCGCGGCGGCUCCCAAAAAUGCCCCAGCCAAACCCCGAAGCCGGCUGCAUAGUCCAGCCCACCGGCAACCUCGUCAAGCCAAAUCUAUCCUCAAACCUGAUCCAUCUGCUGGUGUCAAUAAGAGGCGUCACACAUCAUCCGCUGCGAAGGGCAGACGGAAGGCUGUCACGGUCAGACUAGAGCCUGACGUCCAGCACUUCUUUGACGGAUCCCCUGUUUCUAAUUCCCACGAAGAGAAUGACCCUUCCUUGCCCUCCUGCGAUCCCGGCCCUAUAACCGACAACGACGGCGACGACAACGUACUCAAGAUGUCGGACGCACCCCUUCCACCCCCCGACAAGGCGAAGCGCCCAUCCCUAAAACUCAAGUUCCCCAGCAAACCUACAAUCCCUCUCGCUGGAGGAGUACAGCCUGCGCCGUUGCAGACCCCGACGCCUCAGAGUGCAGUCCGGACACCAUCCAUCAAGCUCAAGCUCUCAGGCACAACCACCCCUCGCACUGGCCCUGACGAUGCUGCAAAGCCAAAGAAAAAGAAGAAGGACGCAGAUGCCCCGGCCGAAACUCCGGGCUCGUCCUCGAAGAAACGCAAACGCGACCCACGCGCGGGCGAGGAAGACGAAGGCAGUCGGCCAGCCCCAGCACCGCCCAAGCCUGUUACACUCCGAAAGCUCACGUUUAAGAAAUCAUCCCAGACCCCUGGCUCAGCAUCCAAACCCUCAGGGGCAGCACACCUCGCUUUCAAAGUCAAGGGCAAGAUCCCGAAACGACCCUUGGGUGUGGGAUACGACUCGGAACUCGAGAGCGAAUUCCAGAACGACAAGGGCGAGACGCUCGCUGGUCGUGAAGCUGAUCCCGUCAUACACGAAGGCUUUAUCCUUCGAAUGCAACCAGGAGAGGAUUGUGAUUACUUACGAAAAGUGAUCGAGGACGGGACAGCGGGCCAGGUACUGGCGAGAGGUGCACACGUCAAUCUACGAAUGCUCGAUACGCUAGGUCGGAGAGGUAUUCUGCAGAUCAAGGACCACAAGUACGCCACCACACUGGUAGAUCUCCCCUGCAUCAUUGAAGGAAUGAAAUCCUGGGACAAGAAAGGGUGGAUCAAAAGCAUAGACAUCUGCCAGAUGCUUAUGGUGCUUGGCCGUUGUAACAACGAAGAGGAAGCCAGGAACUAUCCCCUGCCCGAAGAUGUUGACCCCAAAACCUAUCAGUACGCCCACGGCAUCACGGCCCCCAUGAAAUGGGUGCGUAAGAGACGUUUUGCGAGAACCAAACGAGCUCGGGUCGAUGAUAUUGAAGCGGUUGAACGGAGAGUCCAUGCUCUCCUCGAGGCGGACAGGGCGGCCCUCAGCUCCAAGUAUCAAGUUCUGGACCAUGAUCCGCGCCUCGACGAACAUGGAUACAGCACGGAGCUGGAAGAAGAUGAAGAUGCUGAAGCCGAACCCGAGGACUAUUUCGACAUACCACCCGGUGUGCACGGAUCCAUGGUAGAAACACCAAUGCUUACCGAGACUCCUGUGCAGGAGGAAGUCGGGCAAGAAGAUCUCGAUGCGCUCGAGCGGAUGUUCUUUGACGAGGACGCCGUGCCUUCCACAGACACAGCUGUACCCGCUCGAAAUACCCUGCAUCCUCCAGAAGCCGGUGGCGACUCGUCUUUCGCAGUAACUAGCACGUCAGCCUCCCCCUCCAUGACGGCUGCACAUACCCCGAUCUCUGCCGAAGCUGUCGAAGCUUCCUCCGACGAGGACGAAGACGAAGAUGCCGGUGAUGAGGAUGAAGACCGUGACGACGCCGAGAAGGAGGGUGACGAGAACAAGCGACAAGCCAUGGAGAGGAUCGAGGACAUGCAGAACAAGAUCGCGGAGCAGAGAGAAUUGCUCAAGAAGACGACGAAUGCCAUUUUGAAAAAGAAAUUAGCGAGAAAGAUCCAAGAUCUGGAGGACGAUGUUGCUAUGAUGAGGAAGAACGCCGGGUUGGGUGGAGACGACGACGAGGACUGA